GCCUCCACACUCUGAUCUUCGUUGUUGGCCGCCCAUCUCUCUUCCUUCCUUGGUAGCUCUCUCGCUUCCUCUGCCUCCGCUCUCGGCUCUUCACCAAUGGCGGCCACCUCCAACCUCACGGCGACCGCCGCCUCCGCCGCGCCGACCGCCCUGAGGACCUCGGCUCCUCCUUCUCCUACCUUCAUCUCCCUCCGGCCCAUCUCUCGCUGCUCCAGGCUCCAUUCCGUCAAGACCAAGGCCACAGAAAAGGGCCAGGGUGGAAAGAAGCCUGUCAAAGCAUACAGUCUUGUUUGCGCCGACUGUGAAGGAAACGGCGCGAUCGCAUGUGGCCAAUGCAAGGGAAGCGGGGUGAAUUCGGAAGACCAUUUCAAUGGCCGAUUCAAAGAAGGAGCAAUGUGCUGGCUUUGCAGAGGGAAGCGUGAGGUCUUAUGUGGGAGCUGCAAUGGGGCCGGCUUCUUGGGAGGAUUCAUGAGCACUGCCGAUGAUACUUCCGAGUGAAUGGUUCAUCUUGUUCUUUCUGUCCGUGGUGCCUGUGGCCAGUUUUGGGAAAUAUAUAUGUAACAUUUUCACCUGUGUAUCCACUCGAAGCAAUCUGCCAGUUAGUAUUUGGGGGGCAUUUAUUGCAUUUAAGAAGUCUACAAAUUUUGUAUUUGCGACAAACUAUGUCGUCGAAACUCCUCCGAGAAAAUAUAUGUUUUUGAUAUCAGGCCUUGCCUU